ACCAACCAGCUGAAAGAGACUGAGGGAUCAGGUCUGUUUGAACGACUGAGAGAGAGGGAGGGAGAACGAGAGAGAGGGAGAGGGAGGGAGAGAAGGAUUGUCAGAAGUGUUACUAUAGCGCUUCUAGUCCUCCAGAACGCCGUGGAUAUCCCUCCCAUUUCUCCGGUCUCUCCCAGCCAUCCCUCGCCUCGCUCUACAAUGUGAUUUCCAGAGGUCCGUUUACUGUUGCUGUUAUUUCUUUUUCUCCAUUUCUUUUUUCACCUCCCCAUUUUUCUUUCAUCUCCCUCCCUCGUUUCUUUCUCUCUGUUUCUCUCUGUUUCGCUGUGCCGCUGCUGCUGCUGGAUUUGUUGUCUCGUUAAAUCUUGAGGGAUCUGCAAACGAGAGACAACCGAAGAAGACCACCAUCGGAAGACAUGCAUCUUUGGGGAUGAUGCUGUUGCUGUGGGUACCACCCUUCCUGUCGCCAUGACGAUGCCACUCAGCCCCCUCUCCAGUGACGAGGAGCAGCAGAAGAUGCUGGGGAACAGUCAGCACCUGUAUCCAGGGGCGGAGGAGGAAGAGGAGGAAGAAGAAGGGGAAGAAGAGGAAGAGCUGGAGGACGAGUAUCAGGAUGAGGAUGGAGAGGAGGAGGAGAACGGAGAACUGAACGGAGAAGAAGAUGAGGAUGAUGAAGAGGAGGUGAGGAGAGGAGGAGGAGGAGGAAGGCCAGAAGGGCGUAGGCAAAAAGCUUCUGGGAGAUCUGUGAGAGCUACAAACCCAGGGCACACGACCAAUCCUUAUUCCUCAAAUCCUGGCCCCACCCACCAACCGGCAGCCAAUCAGCAGCAGCAGCAGCAGAAGAGGUUGAGGAGAGGGUCAAGCUCCGCCCUUGAUGAUACACACAUCGCACUGAUGGUGUUCCGUAUCGGCAUUCCUGAUAUCAAACAGACGAAGUGUUUGCGCUUUAACCCUGAGGCGACGGUGUGGAAAGCGAAGCAGCAGGUGUUGUGUAGUCUCACCGAGUCUCUGAGAGACGUCCUGAACUACGGUCUUUUCCAGCCAGCUACGGACGGACACGAUGCCAAGUUCCUGGAGGAGGAGAGGCCACUCCGAGAUUACCCACAAUCCUUCGAGAAAGGAGUGCCUUACCUGGAGUUUCGCUACAAAACCCGAGUGUAUAAGCAGACCAACCUCGAUGAGAAGCAACUUGCCAAGCUGCACACGAAGGCCAGUCUGAAAAAGUUCAUGGAGUACAUCCAGUCCAGCAGCGUGGACAAAGUGGCUAAGCUCCUGGACAAGGGGGUCGACCCCAACUAUCAUGACCCUGAAACAGGAGAGACGCCCCUGACGCUGGCUGUACAGUGUGAGCCGGGAGCCGGUGAGGUCAUCAGGGUUCUGGUGAUGGGCGGAGCUCACAUCGACUUCAGGGCCAAAGAUGGACUCACGCCUCUGCACAAAGCCGUCCGAGCUCACGCACACACCGCCCUGCUGACUCUGUUGUCUAUGGGAUCCUCUCUGGACUAUAAAGACCGCCGAGGCCUGACGCCACUGUACCACACGGCGCUGAUGGGAGGAGACACGUCCUGCUGUGAGACGCUGCUGUAUCACAGAGCCAAGAUUGGCGUGAGAGACGAGAAUGGCUGGGACGAGACACACCAGGCUUGUCAGAAUGGAAACUCACAGCAUCUGGAGCAUCUGCUGUUUUACGGCGCUGACUCUUCGUCCCAGAAUGCCUCAGGAAACACCGCCUUACACAUCUGCGCUCUCUACAACAAGGAGAGCUGCGCACGAAUCCUGCUGUACCGCGGAGCUAACAAGGACAUAAAGAACCACAGCGGACAAACGCCGUUUCAGGUGGCUGUGAUGUCAGGACAUUUUGAACUGGGAGAGAUUAUUAAAAAUCAUCGGGAUUCAGAUGUUGUGCCGUUUUUGGAAUCACCGAAAUUCGCCCCCCAGAGGCGAGAGAGCGGUCGUACGCUGGCUCCGCCCCAUCCACACCCGUUCCUCCGUGCCAACAGCGACAACAGCAUGAACGUUCCUGAAUGGCUGGCCUUCCCCAAUGCGCCCAUGCCCAACAUUGUCUCUGUGCAGGGUCUGAAACAUGGUGGAACAUUGCGCAGCUCCAGCAGUCCCCGGGGAGCCCGAACACGUUCCCCAUCCCGAGGCCGGACAGGAGACAGAGACGACCGCAGCAGACAGAGCCGGAGACAGGGGCCGGGCUCCAUCAGUUCACAGGGCGCAGCUCCGGCUCAGCGAAGGCGUCUAUACAGUGCCGUGCCGGGGCGAGUGUUUGUGGCUACGCGCUCACACACAGCGCAGGGCGAGCGUGAGAUCAGCCUCAACAAGGGAGACAAAGUCAAAGUACUGAGUGUUGGAGAGGGUGGAUAUUGGGAAGGGACUGUGAGAGGACGGACCGGGUGGUUCCCCUCGGACUGUGUGGAGGAGGUGGCAGCUCGCAGCCUGGACCACCGCUCAGACAGCCGUAGUGAGAAGACCAAGAGACUUUUCCGUCAUUAUACUGUGGGAUCGUACGACAGCUUCGAUGCACCAAGUGACUACAUAAUCAAGGAGAAAACAGUGCUCCUGCAGAAAAAAGACAGCGAGGGUUUCGGCUUUGUGCUGAGAGGGGCCAAGGCACAGACACCCAUUGAAGAGUUUACACCCACCCCAGCCUUUCCAGCACUGCAGUACCUUGAGUCUGUCGACGAGGGAGGCGUGGCCUGGAGGGCUGGUCUACGGAUGGGUGACUUCCUGAUCGAGGUAAAUGGUCAGAAUGUGGUGAAAGUCGGCCACAGGCAGGUGGUCAACAUGAUCAGACAAGGCGGAAACAGUCUGAUGGUCAAGGUGGUGAUGGUAACCCGCAAUCCUGACAUGGAGGAAGGCUCUCGAAAGAAAAUCCCACAGCAGAGUAAAAGGCUGAGCACUCCGGCCAUCGCACUGCGCUCCAAGUCCAUGACCUCAGAGCUGGAAGAGAUGGUUGACAGAGCUUCAGCCCCGUGGAAAAAAAAACCAGAGUUUGAAUCCUCACAAGCUACUGAGAAGAAAAGGACCGUCUAUCAGAUGGCUUUGAACAAGCUGGAUGAGAUUUUAGCCGCGGCGCAGCAGACCAUCAGCACCAACGAGACUCCAGUGCCACGGGGUCAAGCAGUGAAGCGGGAGAGAGGCCGGGGCUUUUACAACGAGUCCAAUUUCGAUCAAUCAGGGACGGGAAUAACGCCAGGGACUGGCUAUGACCGAGGCCCGUUUGUGUCUGGCCACGCCCCCCAGCACGGUAUGCUGCGACAGAAGUCCAUCGGGGUUCCUGAGGAGGAGAAGCAAUUCCUUCAUCCUCCAGCUAUGAAGUUUGCACGAAGCCUUUCAGUCCCUGGCCCAGAUGACAUUCCCCCUCCACCAACCACAGCGCCCCCUGAUCCCCCUUUCUCCUCUGCUCCUCCUAUGGGCUGGAGGGGCAAGUCAUCCCAACAGCCUUCAGUAUCAGUGUCACAGUCUACCUCCACCUCCACCCACUAUCAGCUUUAUUCCCAGUCAUCUCACUAUACUCAUGGACCAAGAGACAGGUCCCCUGGACCACCCACAAGCUCUGCAGUUUCAGACCAUGCAACUUCUUAUUCUCAUGCCCAAGCGCACCCCUCUGUCCCCAGCAGGACUGCUUCUCGAAAGGUUGUGGGUUACACUGGAGAUUCCUCAGGAGCUGGGGGAGCAGCAGGGGCAAGGGCAGCUGGUUUGAGAAGAGGCUACAGCAAUGCAGUUCCACCCACUAGUGUGGCCACAGUGAUGCCUCAGCAACAACAGACUGCUCAGAGCCAGCAAGCAAGAGUGGAGCGCACAACAGCAGGUACAGCAGCUGCAGGUGGAGUCCAGAAAGCAGGUGUCCGACGAGGCAAGGGGCCUCUUGUAAAGCAGUCAAAGGUAGAAGACUUACGUUCUGGUCAGGGCACGCUAGGAAGUAAAGAUUCUGUGGAAAAGAGCUCCAUUCCUAUUCCAACCAUCAUAGUCAAAGCUCCCUCCACUAGCAGCAGUGGACGCAGUAGCCAAGGAAGCAGUGUUGAAGCUGAUGUGCCCCUUCCAGGAGAAAGCGACAGCUCCAAAGCCCCACCCAUUGCGCCUCCACCUGCCCCCACUAUGCCCCCACCUGAUCCACCAUCAGUCCCUCCACCACCACCACCAUCACUGCCACCACUCAGACCUCAGGAGAACCUGGAUUUCACUAGCCAGUUUGGUGCUGCCAUUGUGGGAGCAGCCCGCAGGGAUCGUGAACGCUUCCAUGAAGCUAGACGGAAGAGUGCCUCCUUUUUUCUCUCUGCUGAGGAGGAACUGGCAGGUAGUACUGGGCUAGCAGGAAUAGGAAGGAGUCAGGCCUCCCAGCAGCAGCUGCAGCAGCAACUGAGCUCCCAGCCUACACCUCGCCUGAGACCCUCCAAAUCUAUUGAUGAGGGCAUGUUCUCAGGUGACACAUUCAUUCAACAUGCUCGCAGCAUGCCACCUGCCUUUGGUUUACCAGAAUAUUCCACAUCUGCACCUCUAGGGGACUAUCAGCCUAAGUCUGUACCUGCUGACUUCUACCUGGGAGCCAGUCGUCAACAGCCACAACAGGCACAGCCUACCACCACCUUUAUCCACCCACUGACAGGGAAAGUUCUAGACCCAUCCUCACCACUGGGCCUGGCUCUAGCCGCACGGGAGCGUGCCCUAAAGGAUGAUGGACGAAUGCGCAGGGAAAGGGCUAGUGAACACCAUUUCACCCGCCAACUCUCAACCGUGGGACCUUUUCCUUCAUCUGCUGCACCACCAUCAUCACUGCUUUCUCACUCAGUCACUCCCUCUUCCUCCAUGAUCUCUUCUGCUGCUCAGUCCACCGGCUCUUCCUCAUACCUUGUCACAUCCUCCUCACUUGCUGCCACCACCACCUCCACUCGGCCUCCCUCACCCAGGAUCCUUAGAGGAGCGGGAGGAGGUUGGACAGAGGAGACUGGAGAACGUGCUGAGAGAGAGGCUGCAGGAGCUGCACCAUCCAGGGAAGGGCUGAGGGUUCGUUUCUCUGAGGACAAAACAGUCCACACACACCACUACCAGUCUCAGCACUACCAACCCACACAGAAGGAACGGGAAAGAGAGAGGCAGAGGGAACGUUCCCGGGAACGAGAGAGGGAGAGAGAGAGGGAGAGAGAGAUGGAAAGAGUUCAGAGCCAGCAGCAACAGCCAUCCACACAGCUGACUUCUCAACAACCUCGAAGACCAUCCUUCCUGAGGAUGGAGAGUGAAGCAGGAACUUACAUGCUCUCUCUCACCCCUCCAUCUCCUCCGCCUACUGCCAUGACAACAAGCACAGCAGCAGGACCAGGGACUGGAGGAGAGGGAGGCAGUGGUCUGGGACUGAUGGUCCUCCCUCCUCCAGCUCCUUCAGUGGACGCAGAUGAUGAAUUUGUGUUUGCUGAACCUUUGCCACCUCCACUUGAAUUUGCUAACAGUUUUGACCGUGGAAUAGGUUAUUCUGCUAUAAUCACUAACAACCUUGCAGCAACUCGGCAGCAACAACACCAUUCAGCACCUCCACCUCCACCGCCACCUCCACCUCCCCCAAAAGAUGCCUUUAUGACUGGCUUCCCUGCUCACACACCCCUGCCCUCUCCACAGGCUGGUGACUCCACCACCUCUAGUCUUACUUCCUAUGAUAGUGAAGUUGCUAAUUUGACUCAGUCUGCCCCUUCUCCUUCAUCGGCUUCUUCAAACCCUCCCCCACCUCCUUCACCAUCCACCCUACAACCUUCUGGACCCCCUCCACCUCCCUCUGUGUCACCACCUCCUCCUCCCUCUUCCUACCACAGACCUUUCAGCUUGUCUCAGACCCACCACCUCUAUAACAGCACUCCUGCAACCAGACGUGCCACUUCUCCCACACCACCACUUAUCACAAUCCCAGCUCCCCCUGCCUAUGGGGGACCUCCUGCUGCUUCUUCCACCCCAUCUACGUCUGCCGCAUUGAGAGGGACUUCCAACCUCUCCAUGACCUCAACCUGUGCCACCGCAACCACUACCAUUACAAGUGCUGUUGCUGCUAGCACUGCGCCUGCUGUUAGCCUGCACACCCAGCGCAUGGCAACUGUUUCCACAGUGGCUACGGGGAGUGGGAGUAGGCGGCCCAGUGCAGAGCACCACCCACCACCCACCUCAGCCAUGGCCAAGAGUGGCGAGUCCCAGGAGACUGUGGUGGACUCUGGUAUUGAGGAGCUAGACAGCCGUAGCAGCAGUGACCACCAUCUGGACAGCAUCCUGGCACUUAGCAGUGGGGGAGUCCGAGAAAGGCUGGAGAGAGCAGUGGAAAGUGACAGAACAAGUGGAGCAGAUUUCUUAGAGUCCUACAUGAGCUAUCUGGAUGGACAGACUUUUGAAAUGCACAACACUAAAGCAGCAAGCACUGCUUCCACGUACCCUAAAACGCAACGGUAUAGAGAGGGCAGCCGUGCAUCAGAGCUCAGACGGCAGACCAGCACGGCUCCACCGGCCUAUCACAGACGCCGUGGGGAGGAACAGCCUGAGGAGGAGGAGGAGCCAGAGGACGGAGAUGAAGAGGACAUGGGCACUCGAGAUGGUUACAGCAUUAGGGAAGGACAAGGACUGUCUCGCUCUGCUGUCAUGUACUUUGAACGGCCCCGAACGCCUGAGAUGAAGCCCCUUUGGGGUGAUGGGUCAUCUAGUGCUACACAGAUAGUAACUGAAAGUGGAGCUCAGUCUGAUGGGUCUUAUCUAGAAGGGCGUAAAUUGCACCCACCCAUGUCUGGCAUGAAAGCGAGCAUCAUCAGUGAACUGAACACCAAAUUGCAACAAAGGAGCAAGGGAAUGGAGAACUGGGGAGCACAGCGAUCACUCAGCAGGCACAGGUUCUCUGAGGACUCAACAGGUGCACUGAGCCCUCCAUCAGUACGCUCUCCCUCUCCAUCUCCUCUGGCUCAGCCUGCACUAUCUCCGUCUCCUACAGCUUCCCCCCAUCCUCCUCUCUACCCAAACUGGGCUCGCUCACCUUCCCCACAGCCUCCUAGUGCCCCUUCUCAACCUCCCUCCAGUGCCCCUGGCACCACUGCCCGCUCCCAUUCACCUGUUUCGCCUUCAGCUUAUGCACCCUAUCCCACUUCCCCUAAGCACCGUCCUGUUUACCGUUCCAAAGCCCUUGAGUUCCAAUUCAUCCCAAGCAGGGAGUCACGUAAGGCAGAGUCUCAGCGCCGACGAGCACCCAGUCCCCUCAUCUCUCCCUCAGAGCGUCCCAAACUAGGUCCCCCGCGCCCGUCUUCCCUCCCAAUUCUUCCUACUACACCACUCUACAGCAGCUUAUAUGACCUACGUGGUUCUAUCACUCCUCCAUCUCCUGCUAAUCCCCUAGGAGACUCUUACUUCUCUCCGUCUCCUCCUCUGUUUGCUCCUUCUGGAGCACCACCACCACCCAAUUCGUCCCUGGUGGUCUCUCGCUCCCUUUCACCCACUCACUUCCUCUCCGGUUCAUCUUCCCCACCACUUCACUCUAUAGCUCCACCCACUUGUCUGAGUUACCCUCACUUGCCUCCUCCAUCCCCGUCCAAGCCCUUUGCCUCCAAGCCUCUGCCCUACUGGACCAAGUAUGACGUAGCUGAUUGGCUGGCCUACCUGAACCUGGCUGAGCACAGGGAGCGCUUCCUGGACAAUGAGAUUGAUGGCACGCACCUGCCUUCGCUGACCAAGGAAGACUUCCUGGACCUUGGUGUUACUCGUGUGGGCCAUCGCAUGAAUAUAGAGCGAGCACUCAGGAGGGUGAUGGACAGGUUGUCCUCUAGCCCUUUCCCCGUUUCUGCCCUCUCCCCGCGAGAUGGAAGAGCCAGGGACGAAGGCGCCCGGAGCUGAGAGGACAGACCCGAAGCUAGAAGGACACUAAGUACAAAAUGACAAAACUCUGAGCAACUGUGGCUAUCUGAGGCUGACAAACCUCUUCACAAACAGGAGCAACCAGGGCAUCACCGUUACCAGGGAAAGUUGAGAGGAAUGAAAAGUAAGAGAUGCAGGGAUGGAAGACGGGAAUACCGAGCUUAUCCGGCAACGACCCACCUAAACACACCUCACAGAUCACUCGCAAACCAAGGUGCAUUCUUACACACUCACGUACUUUCACUGAUCAAAGAAGGGCCUGAAGUGUAAAGCAGUUACAGGAAACCCUAAAAACAUCAACAGGACCAUAAUCUGAGCCAAAUACUCUGAGAGAAACAAUCGAACGUAUUUAUUGCAUUUCUUGGUUUGUUGAUAUAUUAUUAUUUAUGACACAAGAGUGAUACUGAGUCAUCCAUUGCACUCUUUCUCUUUUUUUUGUCAGUGUCGCACGUGACUCUAUGCCUUACUCUCCCUUUUCUGAUUGGUUCUUGGUCGGUACUCCUUAACCAAAAAACAAAACAGUGUCAUUGUGUAAUUGAGGAAAGAGAUCAGUUGGUUAAAACCUAGGUGCUCAGAGCAGUGGCCAGUUUACUGCCUAAUACCUAACUCGGAGAGUGUGUGUACACCCAACAAUCCCUCUUCUGUAUGUGUGUGUGUGUGUGUGUGUGUGUGUGUGUGUGUGUGAAUGAACUAAAUGAUGUUGGGAGGUUGUUUUUACCUUUGGAGACAUUCGCUAAGGCUUGCUGAUGUUGUAUUUUGCUAGAAUCUUCUCAUGGCAUAUAUAUAUGUGUGUAUAUAUAUAUAUAUAUAUAUAUAUAUAUAUAUAUAUAUAUAUAUUUAUAUAUACACACACACAUAUAUAUAUAUAGAUAUAUACACAUUAACUGACUGGUCACUGUAUUACAAACCCGUAGCAAAAAACGAACAAAAGAAAAACUAAAAACAAGUGCCCAGACCAACAGGAUACACACUCACACACACUCACUUACCCAGUGCAGCAUCAGGCUCACCUCCGUAAAUAUGAACAUGCCAUUUAUUCACAAUAAAAAAAUGGGACAUCAUUAUCUACAGUCGGACCAGAGGUGAACGACAUGAACAAAAAAGAAAACCUUCACCAUUUUUACUAGACUCUCGACCAGUUGAAGUGACUGCUACUCCAAUCGACUGAACAGCGAUCCGGAGGUUCAUUGUCCAUAAUGGAGGCGGGAGAGGCCGAAAUCUCUUUCCUCUUUCGAAAUCACUCCUCCUUUCACAAUAGCUCUCUUUAAUAGGAGGCGAAGUGGGAUGUGCAUCCAGAUGCCCUGAAUUUGUGGCAUUCAUGCUUAUACCUGUUUUAAUAUGACGAUUGUUCUUAUAACAAAGACAUUUUUAAACUUUAAAAGGGUCUGGAAUACUAAUGUUGUUAUAUAAAAGAAGAGAGAUUUAUUGUUAUUUAGCGCAGUUCAUUGCUCUCAUGGUCCUUGCUGUUAUCAGAUGAAGCUAUGCCAUUCUGUUCCCCUUUACUCGAUGUGUCCAGGUAAGAGGUGUCUCUGUGAGGGCGGAGCUCGGAUCGUGUGGUAUCACCACACUGUUGCUUAGAAAUGCCAUUGAUUUAGCUCAUGUUAGCUAGCUGGCUAACCUAGUAAUUACUAGUUUAUCUACACACUAAAUAGUUUGCCUGGUGUAUCUAACAUUAGAUGCUCCGCCUACAUGAUAUAUAUAUAUAUAUAUAAUUUUUUUUUUUUGUAAACUGAUUGUCUCUGCAGACUUCUGUGUGAAAAUCACGACGGCUUUUUGUAGCAAGAUAAUAACCGCUGGUUUAUUUGGAGAUUUGUUGUUUGUUUUUGUUCUCGUGAAAGAAGUUCUCGGCCAUGUUUACUGAAGAAACGUGCAUUAACUAGUUUGCUUUGUAGUCACACAAGCUAUUGAUAAAUACAGCAUGGUACACGCUAACAUGGCCAAGAUCCUCAUACUUACACAGGAAGAGCAAUUUGACUCAUGUGAGAAACGAUCACAGGCCAUGAGGUUUAAAUCAUGUAAAAUUGAUUACUUGUUAUAAAAAGCUCGUUGUGACACGCAGCUUUGAAAAAAAAAACGGGACAGGGAAUCUGGAGGAAUUAUGAUGUCACAUGCUGGUGUUCGAUGAUGAUGAAUGCUGAUGUAAGCUCCGCCCUCAUCCGUCCGAGCGCCUCUGUUGCCCGGCAUAGCCAGGACAUGUCGACCCAUAUAUCUACGAUCGAACCAUAUAUGCAAAUAUUGCGAGUGAAACAACUUUUUUGUUUAAAUGUGCGACGUCUGUGUGCAUGAGGCGGGGAAACAGUCAUAUGUCACAUAUCAGUGAAAAAAAGGGCUUUCCCAUCCCAGUCAUCUCUCUCCAGCGGUCCUCCAUCCAUCAAAACCUACUUUUUAUUUUCCCAGAGACAGAAUAAGAGAGAGAGAGAGAGAGAAUGAAUAUUAAGGCUAAACAGGAAGAGAGCUUUGUUCACUCUUCCAUGUGUGAUGACAGCAAGGAUGAUGAAGCUCACCAUCAUCCUCACUAUGGCUUCAAGCGUUCUAAAGAAUCUCUGUCUUCCAAAUAACGUAUAAAGACGAAGAGAAAAAGACGUUAUCUUAUUUACGCCCAGUGCUUUCUACACAUCCUGUACGUCAGAAACACUUUGUGUUUUAAUGCAGCUUCGUUGUCACUCAUUAGCUUAGCAUAUGGUGACAAAAGAAAGCAGCGUUUUUAUUGGUCAUCCUCCAGGGAGCGGUGCAGAUCCAUCCUCAGGUGUUACUUUGAGAACGUCUGGAAGAAAAAUUUCUUCUAACAUUCUUUAAAGGAAGCACACAGGAACACAUAGAGGAAGAGGAAACAUUUCUCAAAUCAUUCGAACUUUUAAUAAAUCCUUCUUUUCUGCACUGGAGCUUUAGGACUUAUUUAGUGAACAAGUAACAGAAGCCAGAUUAGCCUGCUGUGAGCGAUCACAAAGCUAGCUAUCCUCUGGCUUUGUAGUUCAUCAGUCCACGCUUUACAUGUUAGCCUUCGAGUUGUGAUGGUGUUGUACUCCCGCUAAUGUUUUCUAGCUUGCCAGCUACAUGAAGCUUGUUAGCCUCCAGCGCAGAACUGAAGGAACUCAAUCUGUAGCCCAAACUUAACUCCGCUUCAUUUCAGCUAAAGGGGAAAAUUCGUUUCUCCUCGUGUCAAACUGUCUUUGCACCAGGAUUGACACACUAUCUGUUCCGAUGCUUUAUUUCCUUUCUUUCGCAUCCCGGACGAGUGCAAGUGAGAAACACGUGUCAUACACAAGGCUAUGCAUUCGCUCUGGCAACCUAAAGUGGCUCCGUGGCCAAAGAACGGUCAUGUGACCCGACAGCGGCCGCAGGUGAGCGGGGUGUGCAGAAAGCAUCACAGGUUUGUUUUUUCUUUUUGUUUGUUUUUGUUUCUUUUAAAAAAAAGAUCUGGAAGAAUAUUACCUACGAAGAGCUGAAAGAUUAUUUACAGAAUAUAUAAAUAUAUAUAUAUAUAUGUAUAUGUGGUAUACAUAUACACAUUCAUAUACACAUAUAUGAAUUACAAAUGUUUUAAGAUAUGAAUAAAAAGUUAUUAGAAUUAUAAUAAAGAUGCAGGAACCUUU